ACAUCGUCUGCGGGGUGGGACGCCAUUGGGCUUGUAGGCAUCUUCACCAAGCUGGGGCUGGAGAAGGCGCCCGGGCGGCAGAGGGAGCACAUGUCCAGAAGGCUGGGACUGAAAGAAUGGGAGCAGGUGGAAGGGGAGAAGCAGCUCCCCUUCUCUUCUCAGCCGCAGAGGAGAAACUGAAAUUAGCUAUAGAAGAGCUAUGGAUCUACCAGUGAAUUCAGCUCACACGAUGUCCAUUGUAUUACUUUGAAACUUUGUACAGUGUUUAGACCCAAGUAGCACACAAAUCUACACAAAUAUUCAGGAGACAUUUAUUUAUAUAGACACUUCAGGAGAAAUGUGACAUUUUCCAGAUGUUAAGUUAAAAAUAUUAAUCUAAACAAGUUAAGGCACUAAAGAUUUCCUGAUCCCUGAUGCUGGCCAGACUAUGUGGAAAUGUGGUUCCUGAACAUGUUUCUGGAGGUGCUGGAUAUGAUUACAAACCUCAGGAAGCAGUUUGGUGGAGGACGAAUCACAUUGACAAGUAUGACCAUCCCAUUUAAGAGACCCACUUGUUGUAACCAUGAGAAAUAAUGAUGAAGAUACAAGGAAAAGAAGAUUUGGACUUUACAAUGAAAGAUCCUCAUUGCAGAAUUAGGGAGCUGUCACCACAGAUCGUGUGUAUGAGAACUCAGUUCUUAUAAUGGGAACCUGGGACAAUUAACAUCACCCUCAACAUGGUACUUCAUCUGAUGAAAGCCAUUUCACACCCAGGAGAAGAGUAAAAGAAACACAAGAACAGCUGCAGCAGUCAGAGCUCACCUUCGGACACCAGAUGGCUCUUGGUGAGAAGGUGACUCAGGACAACUGGCUCGGGGCUCGUGAUCUGGAGAGGGCGGUGGCUGAGCAGAGCAGGGAGGUGGCCUACUUGAAGUGCAGACUGGAAGUCAUCCAAAGACAGAGGCUUCCAGAGGAAUUCAGGAGGCACAAACCAAUGGCAAGAAGACCUGACAGGGAGAUCCCUCCAUGGAGAGGUGGCACUGUUCCUGCAGAAAACACUUUUCCCAAUUCCCCUUUAGGGAUGUCAUCUCCCCAGAGAUCUCUGUGGCUUCGGACAGCAGGUCCAGAGAGGGAGCCAGAGCCUUUAGCCGAUCCAGAAGCUGGCGUCACUCCCAUGAGUGACAAAAACAAGCACUCUACCAAAAAUGCCAAGAAGGACCAGGAAAAUGCUGGGGCCAUUUUCAUUUGGCAGUGUGGAUCCAUGGGGACCUCCUCUGUUAACUGGAAGAUUCUGCACACCCUACCUACCCUAGAGGCCACCCUACGGGCUCCUGGGCACAUCCACCUCUUGAACCUUGGUGGCCCUGGGGACUACCCUAAACCCCUCCACCUGCACCACUUGGGUCUUUUGCAGAUCCAGAUUUUGCUCCCGUGAUUGACAACAAAACUGACUCUACCACAAGGACCAAGAAGGACAAGGCCAUUAUGUAUGCAAGAGGGUCUGGUCCUUUCCUAGGUUUGCCUUGCAAGCUGUACCCCAUGGAUCACCUUUCAUCACCAGUCAUGGGCUAUGGGCCACCUCCGGCUCCUCCAAGUACUCAAUUUGGAGAAUUUGAAGUUUGAAGAGGACCCUGAACUGUGACAAAUGGGCUGUGGUCAUGUAAUAUAUUUAGAAAAGUUGUCUGAUAUACGUAUUUGACUGAAUUCUUUCCCUGACCAAUCCUGUCCCCUCUAUUUUGUCUUUGUUCGUUUCCCCUGAUAAACCCAUCACAAUUCUGUGUCUGUGUCAGUAUCUGCUUCCAGGAGGACAUAACGGUCAUUCUAUUUUGAUGUAUACAGUGUGACUCCUGUAUACACAGUCACAAACAGUUAGAAUUACAGUAAUAGGGGCAGAAGAUAAGUCACUGUUUGAAUUGUAUUGACUGCACAUGUCCCCUGCUUCCUUCUGGGGUGGUGGACACAACCUUCCUCUAGAUCUGGUGAUGGUGGCGUUCACUCCUCAAUAGGUACUCGCAAGCAUACGGUGCCUGUUAGUCACAGUGGUGUGUGGUAAUCAGCAGGACAGCUGUCAGUCCCCACGAAGUGGCUGAUUCCUGAUUGCAAGAAAUGGAUGAGGAGUCAGCAGUGUCUCUGAUAGAACAGUGAGGAAACCCUGCAUUAAUCCAGAUGUUGUAGACUUUUCUCACCUACCAGCUACCUCACAGUAGCACCAAUCCAGGUGGGAGCUGAGGUAGACUUACGGUAGUAGUUUUUGGGGUGAGACUUAUGAUGUCCUGUAUUCCUCCCAGUGUUUUCUUUUAAUUUUUUUGCAAUGUGUUUAUUUUUUGAGUGGGAGAGAGACAGAACACAAGCGAGAG